UCUGCCAGCUGAAGACAGACCCGAGGUUUGAAGAAUGAGGAGGAGGAGGGUGGGAAGAAGAGCCGUUCACCCCCAUUGAUCCUAUAUCGAGUAAAGAUGCAGGCGGCUGCUGCUGCUGCCGUGGCUCUCAGCGUGCUGAGUGUUUUCUUCAGCCUGGACUGCCUGUCUGCUCAAGGGUCCGAACCGAACCAGAACCAGAACCAGAACCAGAACCAGAACCAGAAUGACACUCAGAAUAAUGAGACAGAGACCAAGAAGAAGAAGAACCAGCCGCACAUCAUCUUCAUCCUCACAGACGACCAGGGCUUCAACGACAUCGGCUACCACAACCCCACCAUCAAGACUCCCACUCUGGACAAGCUGGCGGCGGAGGGCGUGACGCUGGAGAACUACUACGUCCAGCCCAUCUGCACGCCGUCACGCAGCCAGCUCCUCACCGGGAGAUACCAGAUCCACACAGGACUACAGCACUCCAUCAUCAGACCCAGCCAGCCGAGCUGUCUGCCGCCACACAUGGACACUCUGCCCGAGAGGCUCCGCGAGGCCGGCUACGCCACUCACAUGGUCGGCAAGUGGCACCUGGGCUUCUACAGGAAGGCGUGCCUGCCCACCAGAAAGGGUUUUGACAGUUUCUUUGGUUCUCUAACAGGAAGUGUGGAUUACUACAGUUACGGGUCCUGCGACGGCCCGGGGUUGUGUGGGUACGAUCUCCAUGACGACGAGGCCGUGGCGUGGGGCCAGGAGGGAAAGUACUCCACCACGCUCUUCACACAGCGAGCUCGAAAGAUCCUGGAGACUCACGACCCCACCGACAGGCCUCUGUUCCUGCUGCUCUCCCUCCAGGCGGUUCACACUCCUCUACAGACUCCCAAGUCCUACAUCUACCCGUACCGGGACAUGGCCAACGUGGCCAGGAGGAAGUUUGCCGCCAUGGUGUCCACGGUGGACGAGGCGGUCCGGAACGUCACCUACGCUCUGAGAAAGUACGGAUUCUACCGGAACAGCGUCAUCAUCUUCUCCACCGACAACGGAGCCCAGCCGUUCACGGGAGGAAGCAACUGGCCGCUACGAGGACGAAAGGGUACGUAUUGGGAAGGUGGUGUCCGUGGAGUGGCGUUCGUUCACAGCCCUCUGUUGAGACGCCGGAGACGGGUCUCUAAAGCUCUGCUGCACAUCACAGACUGGUUCCCCACACUGGUGGGUCUGGCCGGAGGAAACACCAGUGAGAGUCACGGUCUGGAUGGUUUUGAUGUCUGGCCCACCAUCAGUGAGGGGAAGGAGUCACCUCGUCAGGAGAUCCUUCACAACAUCGACCCUCUGCACAAACCGCCGGCUCAAACCAAGAACUGGGACGUCAACACGCACGCAGCCGCAGGCCCAAAGAAGCCGAAGAAGAAGAAGAAGAUCCAGAAGAAGAAGAUCCAGAAGCAGAAACCAAAGCAGAAGUCGGCGUUCCGGUUGAAAACCACCAAGAAACCUCGGCCGUUUUCCCAUCACGCUGCUGAGCCUAAAACAAAACCUAAACCUAAAUUUAAGAUUCUUCCAAAAUCUAAACCCAAAUCCAAAGUCCGACCUCAGAACCAGAAACUGUCACAUCACAAUCCUCGUCUUGAGUCCCAGUCCAGCGGCGCUCCGUCACAGUCAGGAACAUCACGUCUCAAGACAAAAUCCAGGCGGAACACAUCCCAGAACCAGAACCUGUCACGGUCUAGACCACCUCAGUCAAAAUCCAAAACGCUGCUCCAAUCACAUUUAAGGGACCAGAACACGUCCCGUCCAGCCGUCCAGUCCUCCGAGCCGCCGUGGGACGCUUCGGUCCAGGCCGCCAUCCGAGUUGGAGACUGGAAGCUGCUCACAGGAGACCCGGGUCACGGAGACUGGGUCCCCCCACAGGUUCUUCCCACUCUCCCCGGUCGCUGGUGGAACCUCGAACGCGCCGUCCUGCCGUCCUUCAAAUCCUCCGCCCUCAAAAACACCUGGUUGUUCAACAUCACGGCCGACCCGUGCGAGAGGCAGGACCUGGCGGACCAGAGACCGGAUGUGGUCCAGCUGCUGAUGGCCCGGCUGGCCUACUACAACCAAACAGCCGUGCCCGUUUACUUCCCGCCGGACGACCCUCGGGCCGACCCGGGCCGGCACAACGGGGCCUGGGUUCCCUGGGUGGAGGAAGAGGAGGACGAGGAGGGGAAAUAUGACGGAGUGUACAAGAAAGGAAGGAACAGCAAGAAGAAGAGGAAGAAGGCGCGGUGUCCGAUGUGCAAGCUGAAGUCGUUCUUUCUGAAACUGAACACCGGGAUGAUGUCCAACCGGAUCUGAGGGGUCGACUCGAAACAAUUGGGUCAAAGACUUUUGAAAUAUUUGUACAGUACCAGUCAAAAGUCUGGACACACCUUCUCAUUCAACUACUUUG